AGGCUUUGUUUUGCUGACACAGAACAAGAAAGAAAAUAAGUUGGAGAUAUGGAAUUUGGUUCAGGAAGAUCUGGUCAUGAUGAAGGUGAAGGAGCAAAGGUCGAGAGGAGAAGUCAAUCUAGUGGUGGUGGUGGUGGUGGUGAAGAUCAUCGUGAACAAGAGACUGUUGUUACCCAGGAGCCACCCAUGACUGAUAUCGCAAGAUCAAUGGAAGGAGCCGGGCCAAAUACUUCCUCACCCAGAAAGGAAGAGGUUGAUGAACUUGAAAAUACCAAAGCUGAAAUGGGUGGAGUGAUACAAGAAAAUCAAAGAUUGAAGACGUGUUUGAACCGAAUACUGAAUGAUUACCGCACACUCCAAAUGCAAUUCCACAACAUAGCUGAACAAGACACAAAAACUUCUUCUGAUAAAGCAAACAACAACAACCACAAUCAAGAUAAAAUGAUGGAGGAAUCCGAGCUAGUUUCUCUCAGUCUUGGAAGGCUUCCAAGUAAUCCAAGAAACAAUGAGAAAGCUAAAGUUAUCUCUAGACCAUUGAAAGAGGAAGAGAAUAGGGAAGGUUUAGCACUUGGACUUGACUGCAAAUUUGAAACAUCAAAAUCUGGAAGCACUGACAAUAGCUCUGAAUUGCCAUUGAAGGAAGAUGUUGGGGAGACUUGGAAACCAAGUAAGGUUGACAAGACAUCAAUUACAAUUCCUGGAGAGGAUGAAGUUUCUCAACAAAAUAAUCCUGCAAAGAAAACUAGAGUUUGUGUGAGAGCAAGAUGUGACACCCUCACUAUGAAUGAUGGAUGCCAAUGGAGGAAAUAUGGACAGAAGAUUUCAAAGGGAAACCCUUGCCCUCGAGCUUACUAUCGUUGCACAGUUGCACCCUCUUGUCCUGUCAGAAAGCAGGUGCAAAGAUGUGCUCAGGACAUGUCCAUUUUGAUCACCACCUACGAAGGGAACCACAACCACCCUCUUCCUCUUUCCGCCACCGCCAUGGCCUCCACCACUUCCGCCGCUGCCUCCAUGCUACUGUCCGGCUCAUCAACCUCCCACGCCGGAUCAACAACCGCAGAUCUUCAUGGAAUGAACUUUUGUCUUUCCGACGGAUCCAAAUCAAAGCAAUUUUACAUGUCUCAUCCUGCACUAUCACCUUCACCUUCACACCCCACCAUCACUCUUGACCUCACUACUUCCAAUAAUAAUCUACCUUUAUCCUCACUUCCUUUUGGUAGAUUCACUUCAAAUUUCAACAACCCCCCAAGAUACCCUUCUUCCACAAGUUUGAACUUCAGUAACUCAGAGUCCAAUGCAAUGUCUUGGAGCAAUGGCUUCCUCAGCUACAACACUUCUCUACCAUAUAACAACAACAACAUCCUUAGCAACCUUGGACGACAACAACAACAACAACCAAUGGAAAAUAACAUCUUGAAUUCUUACAUGCAAAGGAACAAUAACAAUGUUCCUACAGACACUAUUGCGGAGGCAACGAAAGCAAUCACAGCAGAUCCAACUUUUCAGUCAGCUUUGGCAGCAGCACUUACAUCAAUCAUUGGCAGUACUGGAUCAAGCACUACUACUCAAGGAUUAAACCAGAAUAAUGUUGGAGAGAUUUUGGGUAAGAAAAGGAAAUGGGAGGAGUUGUUUCCAUCAUCUUCUUCUACUUUACCAUUUUCUAUCCCCAAAAGCGCGUCUGCGUCUCCGGAUGAUAAUAGAGACUAGAUCCAGACUAUAGACAAAUUAAUCUGUGGGGUUUCUUUAGCUAGAUAGAAACUUCGCCUGCAAUUAUGUAAUUAUGUGAAAGAAUAAUUUUGAGAAUGGACACAUAAAUAAAGAUUGUUGUAUGUAAAGCUUGAUUUAGGGAUGAUAUCCUAUGAUGCAUGGGGCACUCAUUUUGUUGUUGUACCCACCCAGUAGCGGUACUCCUUGGAUACUUGAAAAUACGUGUCGGUAUAUUCCGAAAUAAUUUUUCAAACAAUAAAAAUUAGGUGCUACAUUGGUGCUUUUUAGGUA